AUGUUGUUAAGCAUUGGUAUGGACCAGACAAAUGAAGAAUACUUGUUUAAGGCGUUGAAUCGAGCAAAAAUGGUUCUUGACUCAUCAGAUCUAAUGCUUGCAGAUUUCUCCAGCUAUGCUGAUAUCUCCACUACUCCGGUAAUAGAGGAUUCGCUUGACGAUGAAUACAAGUAUUGUCGGUCAAACGAAUUUGUCGGGCCUCUCGAGAUAAGAGUAGUGAAUGACGGGACAUUUGACUCUCUUAUGGACUUGGCAAUCUCAAAGGGUGCUUCGGUUGCUCAAUACAAGACGCCCACAUGCAUCACAUCUGAAAAGGCCUUAGAAAUACUGGAGGAAAAUGUGGUUGCUAGAUUCUCCAAUAUUCGAAGUGUAUCUGAUGCUGCUUAG